UUAAACGGUUCUCCCACGAGCUCCGCGAUUCAGUCACAAACACACGCGCACCGGAGAAGAGGCACGAGGAGCCGAAGUCUGUCCCCGCAGCUUCCGUAGAGCAUCAACCCUGCGUGUGUGUGUUUGCUGUGAAUGACACGGGAGUGUUUUAAUGCUGGAGGACAGUGUGCGUGCGUGUGUGUGUGCGUGCGUGUGUGAACGCACAGGACUACAACCCUGCACCUGAGUUUUGGGAAACUUCACCUGAGGCGCACGAGCAUCGUCUUUUGCAUGAACGCGUGCAGAUAAAAGCAGUGGAUGAAACUUUUCUCCUUUCGUAGGAGAAAGGUGGACAAGUGGGAGAGGCUGAAGACGACCACAGCUGGUUCCACCUCGGCUGAAGUCUCCUCCAAACGCACCAUGUCCCUCAGCACUUUCCACCUCGUGCAAACGCUCAAGAACUCCCCCGCCGCCUUUCGCCGUCGCUUCCGCCGCGACCGCACAGAGUCCCUGUCCCACGGCGACCCCCUCUUCAAGGUCCACUACCUGGGCACAGAGAAAAUCUUCUCCCUGGACCGAGAGCAGGCGCAGGACGCCAUCAGCCACCUGCUGGACGGCAUCGCCAAUGGGAAGAAGCUGAGCAAGGAUCACGCCCUGGUGGUGCGCCCGAGGUACGUGGAGGUCAAGGAGCUGAGCACGGGGCGGCAGCUCACGAAGACGUACCUGCAGGACAUCGCGUACUGCGCCGCCGACGCCAACCGGCCCAACGUCUUCCUGUACAUCUGCAAGCAUCAAGGCCAGCAGCUGCAGUGUCGGGUGUUCUGGUGCAGCCGGGCGGAGCGGGCGCGGGACAUGACGGCGUGCCUGGCCCACUCCUUCCAGCAGGCGCUCAGCGACUUGCAGCAGGACGGCUCGGCCACGCUGACGCCCGGGGAGGUGAAGGGGAAACGUGUGGAGGAGUCGUCCAACUCUCCCACCCUCAGCAAGAGCUCCACCCUACCCACCAGUCUGGGAAAAGUUCGCUGGAAGAAGCGAGGCUCCGUGUCCCGCAGCCCCCUGAGGGCCAUCACCAGGAGAGGGUCGGCCUCAGACAGCUGGAACUGAACCGCGGCUUGAGCCCCUCGAACAUGAUGGGACCACUUCGACCUAACGACGACAGCACUGACGGGAGGGAGGGAGUUUUACAAAACAGAAGAGAAUGAAGGGGGGGGUGCAGCCGGGAAGUGGGGGGGAAGUCCAUAUUUGGACAGCGUGUGUGAGAGGACUCUGCUUGUGAGAGGAUGUUGAGUGUGUGGACUCUGAGGUUUGUGACGCAGCGCAGGCGUCUGUUGACGUGCGGCGUCCACUACAGCACACAACGCCAGUGACGGCUUCCUUUGUUCGCCUGUCAGCACUCGUCUGAGGACUUGUGGCUGGCGGUGAGACGUUUGAGGACCAGACUGAUUCACGUCUGAGGCUCUCUUGUCAGCUUGUCUGUUUCCAAGGAGUCCACUUGAUGCUGAAGCCUCUGAAGAUGUGUUAUGUGUUGGGGGGGGGAAAGACGAUUAAACCCAACAACGAUGCUGGUUGUCGGCCGAAUGAUGCACAGGGAAAACUGGAAGAAGACGACGAGAGACCUGAUGUUUCUCAAUCCUGAGUUCUUUUUUUUAUUUAACUGACAUUCGUGACUGGUCAUGAUGAUUUUAUUUGGACUGACAAAAGCACACUUUUAAUCCAUGGCAGUUUCGGACAAAUAGAUCUCGUUACAGCAGAAGAUAACAGAGGAAAAUGCUGGCAGACAGAAGUGGUCAUCUGUCUCACACACAAGUCAUUUCUGAGCACUUUCUAAGUUUCCAACUGUAAAAUCUGUCACCUGAACGCAUCACAGUUCAAUCCCGACUCAUGAAAACACAGGUUUUAUAAUUUCCUCCUAAAGUUUGCGAUGUUUUCUUUUCUGAGUUGUGGUGACAGGCACCUGCGUCACAAACAAACAAUAGACCUUUUGCAGAACUUGCAGGGUCAACAGUUUCCUGCAAAAACACAGCUCCCGACUGUCCACAAAGAUAAAUGAUUUGCAUUUUUAUGUGAGAAAAACACGUUGGGCCAUGAGUCGCCAGGUUUUUGGUGUCCGAACACUGGGAACGCUGUGUUCCCGAGCGGAGGAAUGCACCUGCAUUCCAGCGUAGGAAAUCUGAGAUGGCGAAUCUCCUCAAAACGCCCUGACUUCUUCUACACAUCCACCCGUGACUCUGCAUUCGGAGCAGCCUCACGAGUAGACGUCAGAAUGUGAUUCUUGAACUCCCAGGCCCUCGACUCGUUCACAUUACCAAGGCCAUAAAAGGUGCCCUCACAACUUUGAAGUCCAUUCUAAGUGGCGGUUGUGGGCUCUGAUGUGUGCAGUAUUGCGUAACCUCCUCUCACGAUGGCGAUUUCUGUCUCCGGUUUACAAAUAAGAGACGUGAGGAUCAGUGCUGGACCCCGAGGCCACCGCUCACUUCUUAUCUUUCUUAUUUUCUGACCAAAACUAAGCUAUAGAAAGGUGCCUGUGUGUGUUUUUGUUUUGACUGCUGUGCCACUUUGUUUUAUCAGUUUAAUUUUGUACUCUCAAUGCAUCUUUUACAAACGGCACAACCCUCGUCUCAGGUUGAAGUGCCUGCUUUAAGAUUUAUUUUAUCGAUGUACUGUUUUUGUCUUUGUACAUAUUUAAUUAAAUGUGUAUUUUAUGGAUUAUUAAAAGUUUUUAUACGA